GCUGCUGCAAGAGGCUGCCGAGAAGCCCCGGGGCUGCGCUGCUAGAGCCUGAGCAUGAAGAUGGCAGCGGAGGAACCACAAGCCAAGAAGCUCAAGCUGGACCCCCCCCCGCUUAGUGAAAAUGUGCUUUUUGGAAUGGGAAAUCCCCUUCUUGAUAUCUGUGCAGUCGUGGACAAAGACUUUCUUGACAGGUAUGCUCUCAAGCCAAAUGACCAAAUCUUGGCCGAGGACAAACACAAAGAACUGUUUGAAGAACUUGUGAAAAGGUUCAAUGUAGAAUAUCAUGCUGGUGGCUCUACUCAAAAUUCUGUUAAAGUGGCCCAGUGGAUGAUCCAGAGCCCUUACAAAGUAGCAACUUUCUUUGGGUGCAUUGGAACAGAUAAAUUUGGUGCGAUCCUAAAGAAGAAAGCGGAGGAAGCUCAUGUGGAUGCUCAUUACUACGAACAGAGUGAUCAGCCAACAGGAACUUGCGCUGCCUGCAUCACUAGUGACAAUAGAUCUCUUAUAGCUAAUCUUGCUGCUGCCAAUUGUUACAGUAAGGAAAAACAUCUUGAUCUGGAGAAGAACUGGAAAUUGGUGGAAAAGGCCAAAGUGUAUUACAUAGCAGGAUUUUUUCUUACAGUUUCACCAGAAGCAAUAUUAAAAGUGGCCAUUCAUUCUUCUGAAGCUAACAAGAUCUUCACUUUGAAUCUUUCUGCACCAUUUAUUAGCCAAUUCUAUAAAGAGCCACUUAUGAAAGUCAUGCCGUAUGUUGACAUCCUUUUCGGAAAUGAGACGGAAGCUGCCACUUUUGCUAGAGAGCAAGGCUUUGAGACUGAAGAUAUUAAAGAGAUAGCCCAGAAGGCACAAGCCCUGCCAAAGGUGAACCCUAAAAGGCAACGAAUUGUAGUCUUCACUCAAGGGAAAGAUGACACUAUAAUGGCUACAGAUAAGGAAGUGACUGCUUUCCCUGUCUUAGAUAGUGACCAGAGUGAAAUCGUUGAUACCAAUGGAGCUGGUGAUGCAUUUGUUGGAGGCUUUCUCUCUCAGCUUGUCUAUGACCGAGUGCUGACAGAGUGCAUCCGAGGUGGACAUUAUGCAGCCAGUGUGAUCAUAAAGCGUUCUGGUUGUACCUUCCCAGAAAAGCCUGACUUCCACUGAUGCCAAUGAAUCAGCGGGAUCAAGAGAAACUCUUAUGUUUAUAGGAUUGUUGCCUAAAGUUUCGUAUUUCCCCUUCCUCACCCUCCCAAUUACCUGCAUCAAGGCUUCUGUACUUCUGUUCACUUUACAAAAUGUAUAUUGCUAAGGUAUUUUCCUAGUCACAUCACUCUAAUUUUAGUCUCACUAGUCUUAAUUUAGGGAUUACAAGUGGUAAGUGAAGUUUAUUCUCUCAUCAACCUGGACAAGUUGUAUUAUGUACACAGUUUAUAUGAGAAGUCUCAUGUAGCUAUCACAGCUGAUUCACUCUGUUAAAACAUUUCUAUAUAGAAACCUCGUUUGUGUUUCACCAUGGUCAAAUCCUGCUCUUCUUAUUCAUGUGUAAAAUCAGCAGGUCUGACCUUCUCACAAUGGUGUAAAUCAAUAAUCACUCCUCCUAAGCCAAGGGUUGUAUUCCAGUGUUAAAAGCAGUGUAAGUUUGAAGAGACUCAGCCCCAAGCGAUCUAGUAGUAUAACAGGCAAGAUCUGGCUUGGUGGGCUUAGUCAUGCUCCUAAUUAAGUUGAUGGUUUUGCCAGUAAUUCAAAGGCCUCAUCCAAAGUCCACUGAAGUUAAGAAUUUUUCCUUGAUGGCUGUGGGUUUGGGUUAGGCACGAUUUUCAAGCAGGAUUUGACCCUUAAUUUUUGUCAAUUCAUGUGCAUCUAUCAGACUGGCCAGUAAAAUACGCAGUCUCCGUGUUUUUUGAAGUAGAGACAUGAUCUCACAAUAGGCUCUAGCUGUACAUUUUAUAUCUGUCUCCUCAGUAUAAGCUUUUAAGGCUGUAUUUAAUGAAGAUAAAUACACAGUGAAAAUGAGGUACAGAAAUAUUUAUGCAGGAUGUCUUGUCAGGAUAUGCCAAAAGGAAUCUCUUAAACGCACACUUUUAAACUUGUAAUUUACUUUGGAUAAUUAAACAAUAUGCCGGAUUUUAUUUGUAUUACUGUAUUCAAAAGAGACUGUCUGACACUUGUAUUCAUUACUUUGCUAUAUAAUUUGAUACUGAUGAAUAAAAAAUUGUCAUA